CCAGAAACCCUAAGAAAAUUUCUCCCCAUUUUGAUUUGCAAUGUCGGAUGAGCAAUUCCUUGAUUUCACAAAAACGAAACCAAACCUCAACCUCCCAGUUGCUUUUGAGGAGCUAAACCAUGAAGCGUUUAGGUCUCUACACCCAGAUCAAUUCAGUGGUUUACGUGUAAACUAUUCUGCUGCCAUUUAUGAUCAGAAGGUUUUCAUCAGUUCCACGAACUCAGAAGCGAAUAAUGAAUGUGGUGGAUACUUCUUUCACCCUAAGCUGGUACUUGUUGGAAAAGCAUCUACAGACGGUACUCUCAAUGCGAGAGUGAAAGCUUCUGUAACUGAACAAAUUCUCCUCAAGGCCAGUGCAACGUCGUCGACUGCUCUUGUCACCCUCGAGUACACGGGGCUAAGCAACCGAUCACAACUGCAGCUCGGGAGCAACGGCUUGAUGGGAGCUACAUACAUACAGGUUGCCACUGCUCAAGGCUUUGACACGGGUAACAUCCUUAUGACAUAUGUGCAUAAGGUCUCUAAAAAGGUUUCUCUAGCCACAGAGUUUGUCUUCAACUACCUCGCAAAUGAUGCAAAAGCCAGCUUUGGUUGUGACUACGUUUUCGAUCAGUGUCGUCUCCGAGGCAAUGCUGAUUCUGAGGGUGCGGUUUGUGCUCUUAUCGAGGGUGGAUUGGGUACUGGAAAGAUUAGUCUUUCGGCCAAACUGGCGGAUUUGAAGAAAGGAGAUGUUGUUUUCGGAUUAGGCAUAGCCUUAGAUGUCCAAGAUGGAGGAGUUCACUACCCGAUCAGCUCCAACCUUGAUAACAUAAGAAGAAUGGUCAAGUUUAACGACUCAAAUCAUAAACUUUUGUCUGCACCUAUGUGAUACUUUCUUCUUAUACUAUCCAAGUUACGUUAUUCAAAUUUUUAGUCUUUGGGAGAAUUUGUAUUUGUUAUUGGAAUUCUGAACAACCCUGAUAAUUAUUAGUCUUUCUGGAGUUGUCGCGAGUAUUUUUUUACUUCUACCGAUUUUGCUUUCUCAGUUUUGUUUCCGUCUUUUGCAUAUAUGUUUAAUACUACCAUUGAACAAAUCUCAAAGUUUUGU